AUGUCUAGUUAUAUUUACACCGGUAUAGAUCCAAUGGAUAACUGUGAUAAAUGUGAUGGAGAAGACUCACUUGAUAUCCUAAAAGCAGCAGAUGAACUUGAAUUAUAUAGUUUAAUCCAAAGGUUUGAUGAACGAAUUAUGGAGUACUUUUAUGGAUCUAGUAACUUAUGA